AUGGACGCUCCUCCGCCACCCGACGAAGACGCGCCUCCUCCGCCACCGACCGAGGCCCCUCCCAUGGACGAGGCCACUGCCGCCGCCUACGCCGCAUACUGGGAGGCGUACUACGCCAGCCCCGAGUACCAGGCAUACGCGGCGCAGUACGCGGCGGCGGGAGGAGAGUACGCGGCGGCGGCUGGCGGAGAGGGCGGAGAGGGCCAGGCGGCGGCGGCGGAGCCGCCCGCCGAGGAGCCGCCCGCCGAGGACCGCUGGGUCUCUCCCGUCGAGUUCACCGGCAAAGGGCGCGGCCGCGGCGGCAGGGGCCGUGGCGGCGGCAAGGGUGGCGGUGGCAGGGGCGGGUGGGGCGGCGGCGGCAAGGGCGGCUGGAGCGGCGGCGGCGGCAAGGGCGGAGGCGGCAAGGGCGGUGGAGGCAAGGGCGGCUGGGGCGCGGCGCCGCCUCCGGCGCGCGGGCUCAAGCUGCAGCGCUGUCCGCUCUGGGCGCAGUACCGGUGCGGCAGCGGGCGAGGAGGGAGCAGGAGGCGGCCGAGGCGGCGCGGCGAGCGCGGGGCGGAGACUCGGACGACGACGCAGCCUCCGCCUCUGCAGGCGCCGCGGCCGAUGCGAGAGAGCGAGGACGCCUUUGCCGACGACGACGACGCGGGAGGCGGAGCCGCCGCCGAAGGCGGGGCCCGAAGCGCAGGCGGCGACGACGGGAGCGGCGGCGGAGGUGGAGGCGGCGGCGGCGGAGGUGGCGGCGUGGCGGGGGCAUGGCAGCACGACAUGUUUGAGCGCGGGGGUGGCGGUGGCGGCUUUGCGCGGCCUGCGCCUCCUCCCGCGCCGCCGCCCGCGCCGCUUGCCGCCGCCGGAGGCUCCGGCGGUGCGGCGGGCGGCGCGGGUGCGACGUCGGGGAACGUGCACGCUGACUUCAGCCACCGCGAGGACGGGACGCCGCUCUCCUUUUCGAGCCGCGACGCAAAGACGGAGGCGUCGCGCCAGCGGAACAUCGAGGCGCGCGCGCGAGAGAGAGAGAGCAGAAGGCCGCGCCGGAACCCGGCUCUCGAGACUUGCCUCUGCAACUCUCAGGCGAUGUACGACCAGCAGAAAGCCGCGUGGGGGCUGGCGACGGCGCCGGCGGGCGCAACCAAACCGAGGCGCGCGCGGGACAGGGGGGCGGGGCGAGGCGGGGCGAGGCGCGAUGUGGGGCGAGGGCGCGACGCGGUCAAGCCCGCGUGGCUCACUCGCUACGGUCCUUCGGGGGUCCCGCCUUCGCCUCCUGCGCAGCCGCCACCGCAGCAGCUGGAGCAGCAGCAGCAGCUUCAGAUCCAGCAGCAGCAGGCGCAGAUCGCGAUGCUGCAGCAGCAGACCGCGCAGAUCCGGCAGAUGCAGAUGCAGCAACAGCAGAUGAUGCUGAUGCAGCAGCAGCAGCAGCAGCAGCAGCAGACCGGGCCUCCGUCCCUGCCGCACCCUGGCUGGCGCUGA